AUGAAGUUCUCGGCUCUUCCUGCCUUGGCAGUGUUCUCGUGCCUGGCUUCCAGCAUCAAUGCCGCCCAAGAUGAAGCAGCCCAGCUGUCACAACUCCUUGGGGAGGCUGCAAAUGAUAUUCUUGGUCAGCUGCGGGAGGAGGAAGGCGCUCUUGCAAAACGCGGCGUCGAAGCGAGCUGCACGGUGAGAAACAUUGCUAUUCGCCGGGAAUUUGGUAGCAUGGCACCGGAGGACAGAAAGGCAUAUACAGAUGCGGUGCAAUGUCUGCAGCGGAAGAGCAACCUGACGCCGAAUUCUCUCGUGCCGGGUGCCAGGACCCGGUUUGACGAUUUCGUGGCUGUUCAUCAGAACCAGACCCCCUACAUCCACUUCAGCGGGACGUUUUUGGGAUGGCAUCGAUACUUUAUCUGGCACUAUGAACAGGCUCUUCGCAAUGAGUGUGGGUACAAGGGAUACCAGCCUUAUUGGGAUUGGUCCAAGUGGGCUGCAGCACCACAAGACUCUCCAAUGUUCGAUGGCAGCCCAUAUAGCAUGGGUGGUAAUGGCGAAUUCAUCCCGCAUGACCCGCUAGUUCUCCUUCCUCCCGUUGAAGGCGCCAAUCCCCCCAUCGUGAUCGAUGCUGGCUUGGGUGGUGGAUGUGUUCAGUCGGGACCCUUUUCGAACAUGUCGGUGAACCUUGGCCCAAUUGGCUUGACCAACACCCCUCCAGGACCAGACGGAGGGUUGGGCUAUAACCCAAGAUGCUUGAAGAGAGACGUUGGUCCCUUCUGUCUCCAGAAGUACAACAACUACACCAGAAUCUGGAAUCUUAUGACCCAAAGACAUAAUAUUAGAGACUUUCAAUUGGAUCUAGAGGGCCCCCCUGGGACUGGUGAUCUUGGACCCCAUGGUGGUGGACACUUCGCCAUUGGUGGUGAUCCCGGUGGAGAUCUCUUUACCUCUCCAGGAGACCCAGCAUUCUACCUGCAUCAUGGCCAAGUCGAUCGCCUAUGGACCCUGUGGCAAGCAUUAGAUCCAGCGACUCGCCGAAAUGCUCUUGAUGGCACUAACACCAUGCUCAACGACCCUCCGUCGGCAAACACUACUCUUGAGGACUUUAUCAACUUGGGAUAUGCCGCUGGCCAACCCAUCCAGAUGAAGAAUGUCAUGAGCACUGUGACGGGCCCAUUCUGCUAUAUUUAUCUGUAA